AGUCUUCCUUCUUCUUCUCCUUUUACUUAUCCUGCUGUUCGCGCGUCGUUUCAGCUCUCCGUGGAAUUUAAACGUCACUCACGGUUGCGCGAGAGGCUUCACGCUCCGUGUGUCGCCAGUCCCCCUGCCUCGCGCGCAUUAAUAUUCCUGUAAGUCCCAGUCAUGAAUAACAAUUACUCCAUAUACCGGGGGUAGAGAGGAGAGGCGGGAGUUCGGUGCUCACACUCAGAGCGGCGGCAGCUCCGGGCGCAGGAAGCUUCAGUGCGGAGCUGGAGAUCAGGCCGAGGCUGACACUGAAAAAAAAAACAACACGAGCGGCUUCUUUCUCCUGGAAUGAGUUUGGCUGUUUGGGCCAAACAACGUCUCCACUAUAGCGCACUGCUGUUUUACCGUGAGCCCACUCGUGACACCCAGAGAGGCUUUACAGAUGUUAGUUCAUUCUUACUCCACCGCGGACCGGCAUGACGGUGUCUCGAGCCACAGCUCGCGCCUGUCCCAGCUGGGCUCCGUGUCGCAUGGGGGACCCUACUCCAGCGCGCCGCCGCUGUCUCACGCGCCCUCGUCGGACUUCCAGCCUCCUUACUUCCCGCCGCCGUAUCAGCCGCUCGCUCACUACCAGAGCCAGGACCCGUACUCCCACGUCAGCGACCCGUACUCGCUGAACUCCCUGCACCAGAGCCAGCAGGGCGCAUGGGGCGCGCGGCAGCGGCAGGACGCCGCCGGGGAGCGGAUGGACAGCUCGGCUCUGCUGGCGCAGCCGCGGGCCUCGCUGCCUCAGCUGUCCGGUCUGGACCCACGGCGGGACUACGGCGUACGGAGGCCCGACGUGCUGCUGCACUCCACCCACCCGGGACUGGAUUCCGGGAUGGGCGACGGGCUACUGCACGGGCUGCACGGCAUGGAGGAUGUUCAGACCAUUGACGACACCAACGGAACGAACAUCCUGGACCAAUCGGUAAUUAAGAAAGGUGUGUACAUACACACACACACAGUUCCAAUGCCUCCCAAAAACGUGGGCUCUCUGAUGCUCGGUAAGGACGGCCUGAUCGGUGGAAUCACCGUCAACAUUAACGAGGUGUUCUGCUCGGUACCGGGCCGCCUGUCGCUGCUCAGCUCCACCUCCAAGUACAAAGUGACCGUAGGGGAGGUGCAGAGGAGACUGUCCCCGCCCGAGUGCCUCAACGCCUCCUUGUUAGGAGGAGUGCUGAGAAGAGCAAAGUCCAAAAACGGUGGCAAGUGUUUGAGGGAAAAACUGGAGAAGAUUGGACUGAAUUUACCUGCAGGAAGACGCAAAGCUGCCAACGUCACAUUACUAACGUCUCUUGUAGAAGGUGAAGCGGUCCACCUGGCCCGGGAUUUCGGUUACAUCUGCGAGACGGAGUUUCCCACCAAAGCCGUGAGCGAGUACCUCAACCGGCAGCACGCGGACCCCAACGAGCUGCACACGCGGAAAAACAUGCUGCUGGCGACAAAACAGCUGUGUAAGGAGUUCACAGACCUGCUGGCCCAGGACAGAACUCCACUGGGCAACUCCAGGCCCUCGCCCAUCCUGGAGCCCGGCAUCCAGAGCUGCCUCUCCCACUUCUCCUUCAUCACGCACGGCUUCGGCUCGCCCGCCAUCUGCGCCGCCCUCACCGCCCUCCAGAACUACCUCACCGAGGCUCUCAAAGGACUCGACAAGAUGUUUCUCAACAACCCGCCCAACAGCCGGCACGGCGACGCCGGCAACAAGGUCGGCGACAAAGACGACAAGCAGCGGAAAUGAAGCACGGGGGAAGGGGAGGAGAGGGGAAUUUUAAUAAAAAAAAGAAAAAGAAGAAGAGGAG